AGACACACUCAUUAAAAUCUGAAUGGUUUGUCUUCAGAGGAGCGGGGAGUGGUGGCGGUGGGGGAAGUUUCUUUACUGUUAAUACUUAAAUGCAGUGAAGCUGAGGUGUUGAUCAUAGUGAAACAGUUUCAGUCAUGAAAAAAACAAACAACAAACAAAAUGUCCAGAAAUGCUACUGAAAUAUAGAAAUAUAUAGACAGAAGUCUGUAAAAUAUGUAGAAUUGUGUCAUUAAAAUCUAUACAAAACAUUAAACAAGAUCUGUAAAAUUAAGUGCAAAAUAUCAAAAAUACCUUCAGCCAUGUUUGGCUCCAUCUUUAUGCUUGGCCCUCUGUCGGCAGUCUGUUGGCUCUCUGCUGGCUGUCUGUCAGUAUUUUGUUGGUCCUAUGUCGGCAGUCUGUCGGCCCUUCGUCAGCCCUCUGUCGGCCCUGUUUCACCCCCUUAUUGUCCUCAUGUACCUGGCAGCAGCUCAGUGAACACGUUUUCUAUGUUCAUUUCUCUCUGGUCCAAUCACAUGUUAACAUUCAACACAGCUACCAAGGUAACAUCCUCCACCAUUUUUAAGUUCUGCUUCUUUCAGUCUCGUUACAGGAAGUUUCUAGUAAUUUCUUCCCUGAUUGGACAGAUAACUGAGCAUCCAGAUCAUCGGUUCUACUUCCUGUCACAGAGACACACCUGCAGUGAGGUGAGACAGGUGAACCUCUCCCAGCAGCAGUGAAGUGCUGCUCAGUGAACUCUGAGCUGUGACAGGCGAGAGGAGGAAGCUGCUGCUUAACAUCAAACCAAUUAGCAGUAAGAGGGAGGAUUAGAGGCAGCGGCUGAUCUGCUGUUAAUGGGAUCAGAGCUGAUCGGGGGUUAGGAUGACGUGUCGCAGCUCACUCACAUUCACACCUCAACGUUUCCUCCUGCAGGAAAAUAUCUUUGUGAGGAGACUGCUGCUGAGCCAAUCUGACCUGUUUUAUGCAAAUAUUUGGUUGAGAUUUGAUGGCAGACCCCUCUGCCCCCCAGCAGUAUGGACUGUCCUGACCUUCAGCUCGACAUUAUGGGUCUGAAACCAGGAGUUGUGGCCGAGUUGUGUUCAGCUGCUUCUUUCUGGAACGGAUUAAAAGUCUGAAACUCUCACGGAUUCUCAAUUUGAAUUCAGAAGUGGAAACUGUUUUCUCACUGCACUGAUACCUGACGUGUGGUGACUGUUGAUUUAAGUGCAGCAUUGUGUCACACCAAGGCAGUAAAAUGCCAUUCAUGCCGGUGAAGUUCAACCUGCAGAAGCGGGUGAAGCUGGCUCAGGGUCUGUGGAUGCUAUACUGGCUCUCUGUCAUCGUGGGGAUCCUCAUCUUCAGCCUUGGCAUCUUCUUCAAGAUUGAGUUGCGGAAGAGGAGUGAGAUGAUGGACAACAAUGAGAGCCAUUUAGUGCCCAAUCUGCUGAUCCUGGUGGGGGUUUUGGCCUGCGGGGUCAACGCCUUUGGGGGAAAGGUGUGCCACGACUCUCUGGACCCAAUCAAGUUCGCCAAGUGGAAGCCGAUGCUGAAGCCCUACAUGCUGCUGUGCUGUGGCUUCAACGUGCUUCUGCUGCUGACGGCGCUGCUCUGUUUCCUCAUGCAGUUUGCCAUGUACCUGACGCUGGCUGAGGGCCUGAAGAAUGGCAUCAAGUUCUACAAGGACACGGACACGCCAGGACGCUGCUUCAUGAAGAGGACGCUGGACAUGACGCAGAUCGAGUUUCGCUGUUGUGGUAACAACAACUUCAGGGACUGGUUCGAGGUGCAGUGGAUCAGCAAUCGCUACCUGGACAUGAGCAAUGACGAGGUCAAAGAUCGUCUCCUCAGUAACGUGGAGGGGAAGUACCUGAUGGACAGCGUCCCAUUCAGCUGCUGUAACCCCGGGUCACCUCGCCCCUGCCUCCAACAUCACCUGACCAAUAACUCUGCUCACUACGACUACGACCACCGCACUGAGGAGCUCAACAUCUGGACCCGGGGCUGCCGCGAGGCCCUCUUCUCAUACUACAGCAGCAUGAUGAACAGCAUCGGAGCACUUGUUAUUGCCACCAUCUUUUUGGAGUCGGUGGACAUGGCGGGGUUGAAGUACCUGAGCACGGCACUGGAGACUAUGUUGGACCCGGAGAACCCAGAGUGUGAGAGCGAGGGAUGGCUGCUGGAGAAAGGCGUGAAGGAGACAUUCACCGAGCUGCUUGCCAAGCUGAAGACAUUGGGAAAGACCAACCAGGUGGAGGAGGGCGGGGAGGCGGUGACAGCUGCCACCUGAGAGCCACAUUGAC